AUGGCUGACCACACCUACGUGGAGCACUUGACUCCGCUGGACUUGCCUAUGCCCAGAACCUACAUCCGGGUGCUCUUCGUUUUCCCAACGACGAGUCCAACAACAGAACUCAGCCAGGAGCUUCAAUGCGGCCUCGAAAAGCUUGCGAAACAAGUGCCUUGGAUCGCCGGAAAUGUUUUUCUCAUCACUUCAACGGAUCAAAAAGCUUCCCUCGAAAUCCGACACCAUGCAGACAAGAUGCCGAGACUGCAGGAUAAAGGCCAGAUAGCGGCCUCAUAUGCCAGUCUUUCGUCGCAAGAUAUGCCCAUGAAAUCCAUCCCGCUCGACGUCUGGCCAGCACUCCCAAGCUUGCUCGGUAACAUCCCUUCUGAGACAGGGGACCCCGCUGCCAGCUUCUUCCGCUUCGCAGAUCAGGGUGUGGGCUUAUGCAUCUGCUUGCAUCACAAUGCAGUCGAUGUAACUGGCUUCUCGGAAGUAGUGCGACUAUGGGCGAAGAAUAUUCUCCAACCCAGCCAGACUUAUCCCUCUUACGAGCUACAAGGAAAUGGUGAUAGGCUCGUGCAGCUUUCCAAGGCUCUGGCGCCUGAUCUGCGCGAGCUCUCCUCGCUUUCAUCUGAACGUCUCCUCGCAUUGCAUCCGGAAUACUCGACACAACCACCAGUCCUACCCAAAGAAUUUGCAUCAUGCAUGUCCAAGACAUUUAAAAUUCCAGUCCAUUGGAUCAACGUGCUCAAAGAGCUCCUCCAGAAGUCCGCACAACGUCAAUUGACCACCAAUGUUAUCCUCUGCGCGCUUCUCUGGACAUCAAUCACUCGUGUACGAGCACAGCGCAACCCUGAUCUCAGACGACAAACAAGUCGCUUAGUGACAGCCGUCAACGGUCGGUCACGCAUACCGGGCAAUCUGCAACCAAUGCCCGGGAACCAACAAUACCUUGGAAACGUUGUUCUCUACGCCUUGGCAAACUUCUCCUGUGCUAAUCUCGCGACGGCCGAUGAGGAUCCAGUAAGAUCGCUUGCCAAGAUAUGCGACCGUAUCUCCGAAUCGCAGUCACCCGCGACGAUUGACUCACGUUUUAUUGCUGAGACGUACCGGCUUGUGGAUUCCAUGGAGGAUUAUAGGUCGCUUUUCGCGGGUUGGGACUUGUUCUGCUCUCGUGAUUUUACUAUUACAAGUUGGGCGGGUUUGGAUUUAUAUGGUGUGGACUUUGGGCCAUUGCUUGGAAAGCCGGAGUUCGUUAGAUUGCCUUGCAUGGAGGCAGAUGGUGUGGCUAUUGUUCUACCCCGUCGGAGAAAUGUCUGUGAUGAAAGGCUUGAGGUGAUGGUCAUGCUGCGAUGUGAUGACAUGGAGUCCUUGGAAAGAGAUAGUAUGUGGCAGACGCUAGUUGGUGGUGGUAAGAGCUGUGAGGCUUGA